UCUUGAUUUUUCUCUUUCCUGAUUUAUAUUACUAUUACCCUUGAUUUAAAUUUCCUUUUUUUUUGGUCGGUCACUUUUUUUUUUUUUUUUAAAUAUAUUUUGGGUCGAGUCAAUAUUAUCAGCUAAUUACAUAUUUCUACUAGGGUUAGGUUUUGACCAAUUCUUCUAGUUGGUAUUUUAGGUUGAGAAAUUUAUUGAAUUUCUUGUUUAUCUGCUGAAAGUGAUUAUUUGAUUGUUAAAUUCAAUUUUUGUGCAAUUAGAUAUGAGAUUGAUGUAUAGAUAUAGAUAGUGUAGUAUGCUAAAUAUUAAGAAUUGGAGGUGAAUAUGUGUGAUUUUAUGUAGUGAUUAGCUUGAAUUGACUUGGGGAUUUGUUUGAAAAAAUUCUUAAGACCCUUGAAUAUAGAUUGUUGGGGGUGUGGAUGAUAUGGGGGAAGAUUUGUUAGCGAGCUUGUCAAUGGAGAAUCAUCACCCAUCAACAUUGUUGUCAAUGGAUUCGAGUUCGAAAUCUCAUGAGGAAAAGGAGAGAGAGAUUAGUAGGCAUGUAAUAUUGUCUCGUCCUGGUCCACCUGAUAUUAAUCUACCCUUAUCGGCGGAGCGUAGUCCUCCGCCUCCUCAGACUUGGAAUCAGGAGGCUUGUGAUAUGUUAGAGGUUGGGUUAGGGACACAGGUUUAUGAAUCGGAGACUCAUGUGGCAGUUCCUAAGAAUGGGAACGGGAAUGGGAAUGGGAAUGGGAAUGGGAAUGGAAAUCGAAAGUGUGCUAAGAGGCUUGAUAGUGUGUGGGGAGCUUGGUUCUUUUUUAGCUUCUACUUUAAGCCUUCAUUGAAUGAGAAAUCGAAGAGCAAGAUUGUGAGGGAUGGUAAUGGGGUUUCGGGGUUUGAGAAGUCUGAUCUUCAACUGGAGUCUUUCUUGGUACAACAUGAUAUGGAAAAUAUGUAUAUGUGGGUUUUUAAGGAGAGGUCAGAGAAUGCAUUGGGGAAGAUGCAAUUGAGAAGCUACAUGAAUGGGCAUUCGCGGCAAGGGGAAAGGCCGUUCCCUUUUAGUGUUGAAAAGGGUUUUGUUCGGUCUCACAAAAUGCAAAGGAAACAUUACCGAGGACUCUCUAACCCACAAUGCCUUCACGGAAUUGAAAUUGUUCGACAACCAAAUCUUAGUGCUGUUGAUGAGGAAGAGCAGAGGAGGUGGAUGGAACUCACAGGAAGGGACCUCAGCUUUUCUCUUCCAGAAGAAGCUAGUGAGUUUGCUUCAUGGAGGAACCUCCCUAGCACAGAAUUUGAACUAGAGAGGUUACUUCCAGCCUUGAAGAGCUCUGCCAAUGGUCACUCAAAGAAAUUGCUCAAUGGCUCUGGUUUGAACCUGUCCACACAGCCAUCUAACCAUGUAAAUGAUGUAUUUGAUCUCUCUGCUGCAACAAGUAAGAAGAGGAAGGAUGUCCCUGCUCACGGAAAUGAUGAAGACUCUUGUUUGCCAGCCAAUACACAUUCUUCUGAUGGAACGCAAGAUGCAGUAGAGGUGCAUCCAGUUGAACCCAUGUGGGCCCCUGAAUUCACUGGGGUUAUGAGAAAUGUCUAUGGGCCAGUUACCUGUGCAAAAUCUAUCUACGAGGAUGAUGAUGGGUACAUGAUUGUCAUUAGUCUGCCGUUCACAGAUCUUCAAAAGGUCAAAGUUUCUUGGUGGAAUGCAGUAUCUCAUGGCGUGGUCAAGGUCACAUCUACGAGCACAGCGUGCAAGCCCUAUAUUCAUAGGAAUGACAGAACGUUUAAGCUUACAGAUCCUUCUCCUGAGCACUGCCCCCCUGGUGACUUCAAAAGGGAAAUUCCUCUUCCUUCUAGAAUUCCUGAUGAUGCAAAGUUGGAAGCUUAUUUUGAUAAUUCUGGAACAGUUCUCGAAAUAUCUGUGCCUAAGCCUCGUGUAAGUCGUGAAGAACAUGAGGUUCCAAUUUGCCUUCGCUCCCAUCUUGGUGGGAAUGAUCUCUUGUUGUCUUGACAGAGGCUUAUUUGGACUAAAGAUCUUCAGCUGUCUUUGCUACUUUUGGGCGCCAUUCUACCAAGCAGCGUUAAGCUGAUAACCCAUCUGUGCGUCAAGCCGGACGGACUUCAUGCCCCUAAUGUUAUGCAGAUGACAUGCAUUGAUUCAAACAUGUAUAGAAAUAUUAAAUUUUUUCACAUUCUGUAGAUAAUUUUUUCACCUCAGUGGCUUCUUUGUCAUGAUUCAUUAAUCUGUACGAUUAUAUUCAAAUAUUAAUGACAAGUCAUAGUUUCCAAUGAUCUUCUGGCAGCUGCCAUUC